AUGGCUGCUAGCAUUAAAGGCAUCUUUGAAGAAAACCUUCAGAAUUCUAUUUUAAAUUCAAAAAUCUUCUUGGUAGGAGCCGGCGGGAUCGGCUGCGAAAUUUUGAAGAAUUUGGUUCUUUCUGGAUUUAAGGACAUCGAAAUAAUUGAUUUGGAUACAAUUGAUGUCAGUAAUUUGAACAGACAGUUCUUGUUUCAUAAAGAACAUGUUGGGAAAUCCAAGGCUGAAGUUGCGAAAGAGAGUGCUCUCAAGUUUAAUCCUAAUGUUAAUAUUAAAGCUUACCACGACAGUAUUACUAGUUCUGAAUAUGGUGUCAACUUCUUCAAACGCUUCACUCUAAUUAUGAAUGCUUUGGACAACAAGGCCGCAAGAAAUCAUGUAAACAGAUUAUGUUUAGCUGCUGAUCUGCCUUUGAUCGAGAGCGGUACUGCUGGUUAUUCUGGACAGGUUGAGAUGAUCAAGAAAGGCUUAUCACAAUGUUAUGAAUGCUUGCCGAAAGCGACUCAAAAAUCAUUUCCAGGCUGCACAAUUAGAAAUACACCUUCAGAACCGAUUCAUUGUAUUGUUUGGGCCAAACAUUUAUUCAAUCAACUAUUUGGCGAAACCGAUGACGAUGAAGAAGUCUCACCAGACACUGCCGAUCCUGAAGCAGCAGGAGACGCUAGCGAAAAAGCACUUGCUGAUGAAUUUUCAGAAAAGGGUAACAUUGAUCGUGUAAGCACAAGGCAGUGGGCUGAGUCUUGCAACUACGAAAGUCAAAAGCUGUUUACUAAAUUCUUUCAUGAUGAUAUCGAGUAUUUAUUGAGUAUGAAGAAUCUGUGGAAGGAGAGACGCCCACCUGUGCCACAGAUGUGGACCGAACCCAUGGAUUCAGAGAUGAAAGACGACGCAGUAACCCGUGAACAAAGAAAUCUUUCCCUAGCAGAAUGGUGUUGUGUUUUCAAAAUGAGCGUCAUGAGUUUGUUCAAACAGUUGGAAGAAAAGAAGACCACUCUCGUUUGGGAUAAAGACGAUCAGGCUGCCAUGGACUUUGUUGCUGCCUGUGCCAAUAUUCGGUCUUACUGUUUUGGUAUUGAACAGAAAUCGAGAUUUGAAGUAAAAUCUAUGGCUGGUAAUAUAAUUCCCGCGAUUGCCACUACAAAUGCAAUCGUUGCUGGAAUUGCCGUUAUGCACGCUUUUAAAAUCCUGCAAGACAAAAUCAAAGAGUGCUCCACUGUGUAUGUACGUCUUACAGAGAAUCCACAAAAGCAAAUACUGGUACCGGAGAAAUUUCUCAAUCCUCCAAACCCUAAAUGCUACGUUUGUAGUCCAAAGCCUGAAGUAAAUCUAAUGCUCGAUGUGAACAAGAUGACUGUUAAAGAAUUGGAAGAAAACGUUUUGAAGAAGUCGUUGAACAUGAUUGCACCUGAUGUCAUUUGCCAAUCUAAACAGUUGGUUAUCAUAUCUUCCGAAGAAGGGGAGACUGAGUGCAACAAUGAUAAGAAAUUGGCAGAAUUGGGAAUUGUUGAUGGAAGCAUGUUACAAGUCGAUGACUUCCUGCAAAAUUAUGAAUUAAGUAUAACGAUACACCAAUAUGAACCAAAGAAGGACGAACCUGAAUUUCAAGUAUUAUCAGAUCCUUCUGUUUUAAAACCGAAAGAAAGUGCUGCUCCGGCAAACAAUGGGAAUGGAGAUGAACCGUCCACUUCCUCUGGUCCUUCAUCAUCCAACAACCCCCAGGAUGACGAUGAAGAUGAUGUUUGUAUCAUCGAAGAAUCUGAUGCAGCACCUGAUUCCACACAAUCCCCGAAUGCAAGGAAACGAGCCACUUUCGAUGACUUGAACAACAGCAAAAGACGCAAGAGUGAAGUCACAGAGCAAAAUGAAAGUGAUGAUGAUAUUAUUAUGCUAGAUAAUUAAGAAUAAAAAGAACCUUGCUUUAAGUAUCUAAUAUUUAUAGGUAUUUUAUUGUUUAUUAUUAAUUAAUUAUUAGUUUAAUACGAAAAUUUUUCAUAAUUUAUAGGAGAUUGUAUGAAAUAAUCUCUCAGGAAAAUAUUGCUCGAGAUAUUAGUUGGUCAUCA